UUCUUUUUCUAAGGUUUGCACGGUUGCACGAUUCAAAUCUGAUUCAAAAAAAUUCUUAUCUAUAUUUUUCUUUGGGAUUUUGAUUCAUGUACACAACAAGAUUUUACUUGUAAUUCUCUUUUUUUCCUUGCUCUCUCGAUGUCUCUCUCUCUAGGUCAUUAACGCAUUUUAGACAUCAAAAAAUGUUAUUGAAUAAAAUGUCAACAAAGACAUGAUGGUAUUUUCAUAACCUAUAGAGCAUAUUACUGGCUAAAACAAGAAAUUCAAUACAAUACACCGGUCCAUCAAUUAUGAUGUACUAGGUAAAAGAACAAUUUAGAUUACUUAUUUCUUAGAGGGACGUUUCGUUUUUAGUUUGAGUUUAGCGUUUUUCUUUGAGAUGGAUUAACCCCACGUGAAGUUAAUAUACACAAAUUAACGCCUAGGCGACUAGGUCUCGACAGGCAACGAAAUACGUUUAUUCACCUACGUAAACAAAUUCCAUAUCGUCAUUUCAGGUGUCAGUAGCUUGACGAAGCUGAAUUGCAUUAAGCUACUUGGUUUCUGUUCAAUUAUUCUUUGUUCAACACUACCAAGGGGUACAUGGCUAUGCUUUAGCCUUCGUCUCUUUUAGAUAAUAGUUUUUAACCUCUUCAGAAUGAGGAAAAGCGAUUCCAGUCUAAUACUUCUGCUAUGUUUAACAUCGUUCUGGAAUUAUGUAGGUGCGGCCGUGGACGGCGGUUGGUCCGGUUGGUCAGGUUGGAGUGGUUGUGCACCGGGUGUUUGCGCGGGAAAUCAACGUAUUCGAACAAGAACUUGCACCAAUCCGCUCCCAAGUGAUGAUGGAAAGUACUGCGACGGAGAAAGUGCAGAGGGGCACGAUUGUUUGAUUGACGGCGGCUAUACAGAAUGGAGUCAGUGGUCUCUCUGCGAAAACCCGUGCGGAGGAUCCAUAGUCAACAGAACCAGAGCUUGUACUAACCCUACCCCCACCGACGACGGGAAGCCAUGUUCUGGAGCCGCAUUUGAAACGAAGCUGUCGUGUAUUUCUCCGUGUCCAACUACUCCUCUUGAUGGAGUUUGGAGCCAGUGGGGUCCGUGGACACAGUGUUCUCAAACAUGUGGGAUAUCAGGAGGAACAGUCUUAAGAAGAACCAGACUGUGCAAUCAACCACCACCAAUGAAUGGCGGUCAAAGCUGCCCUGGUAACGACACAGAGACCGCAAGAGCUUGCUUCACACCUUGUCCAGUUGAUGGAGGUUUCGGUUUGUGGUCAGAAUGGACAACUUGCAGUCAGACAUGUGGAACUGGUACUCAGUCUAGAAGUAGAACCUGCACUAAUCCUGUUCCCGCCAAUCAGGGACAAAACUGCUCCGGGGAGUAUGAUCAGGCAAAGAGCUGUAAACUGACGUCAUGUCCAGGUGCUGUUGAUGGCGUAUUUACAACUUGGACUGCCUGGACCACAUGCUCCGAGCCCACCUUCUGUCUUCAAGGGUUUAAGACUCGAACUCGAACCUGCACCAAUCCUGCUCCAGCAAACGGCGGCGAUGACUGUGUGGGACUAUCACAGGAAAAUAAAGAUUGUCCCACAGAAGCAGACGGAUGUUCAGUCUUCCAACCCAGCAAGCCAGAUAAAACAUCCGCAGACCCUACUUCCUGGCUCGCUCUCGAGUGUAAAGCAACAGAAAAGUUCUCAGCUACUGGAGCUUACAAACAGGACAUUCCUUCUACUGUUUAUUCAAGCUUUGGUUUCAUGCAAACUGAGCUGGAAAGUGGAUGGUUUGCUAUUCUUAUUGAAGCUGAUGAUAAAGAUGACUAUGGAAAGAAGAACCUUACUAAGGUAUGUUUUGAGAUGAUAGACCCGUUGACCAUUAAGAAAGUCGUGGACAACAUAGCAAAAUACUACGCGAACAUUGACGCUAUACCGGGGUGGACUAAGACCGAGCAGACGGAGUAUGUUCUGGGCUUUUCCAUCUGGAUUGAUGACACUCCAGCUCUCAGGAAAUAUGAGUUCCAAGUCGACAAAUCUGCAAAAUAUGUACCGAUAACCGGUUAUGAGAUGACCGAUGUCAGGUUCUCCUACUACACGGAGGGAAAUUCACAAACGUUUAAAGCUAAGGGAAGUUAUACGUUGACGACUGGAAAUGUAUUUGAUACCGAGGUGAAAAAGGAUGUCCAAAGUGGAUCAGUGUACGCCAAGGGAACGGCUGAAUCUGGUACAUUCAUAGAUAUGAUGUCGUCCUUUGGCAUAAAUACCAACUCUUUACCGGAUUUCUUCGUUAAUGCUCUAAAGGGAGCUGGAAUAUGGGAUUUCACCAUGAAGCCUGUAGAAUUACUCAGGAAGAUUGACAAAGUCGGAGUCUACCGCUUUACUGGAUCUAUUGACGCGGGAGGUGUUCCAAUUCACGUUGAGAUCAUUACGGGAAUAAGAUUUGGGCGGCCAACAUUCGCUGUUGGUUUCGCUUUUGAUAGCGAGUCUUUCGGUAAAUUAUCCGAGAAAUUGUCCGGCAUUGGAGUAGAUUUUCUGGAUGCUCUUGGCUUAGAAUUGCAGAUUGGUAUAUCUUUUCACCCGACUGAAGAGAUAGGAUUUCAGCAAAUCGUAACGGACGCAGAGACCAAGUUUUCGAAGGAACCACUUCAUACCCAGGUCACUACUACUGUUCCAAAAGGUAUCUUCAUGGCAGCCCAACUUGCCCUACCCAAAGACUGUAGUGGCAACGCAUUCUGUGAAAUUACAAAGAUGAUCAUAGGGCCAACAGCUAUUUUUUACAUCACUGGUCAGUUUGAAUGGAAGAAAAUACGAGUCGCUGUAGGCUUUGCUUACAUUCGUAUCUGGGAUGGACUCUACUUCGACAAACUUGAGUUGUACGUAGAGGCCGACUGGAAUGCCACUCAUACACAUACAAAAUUAGGAUUCCGUGCAGACAUCAAGGUGCCUGUCAACGGUGAAAUUGAACGUGACGGUAUAAUCGCUCCUAACAGUGAACUGUGGCUCUUUGGUGUGUUGGAAUAUGAUUUCACGGAACAGAAAGUGUCAGGAAAACUGGGCAUGCGUGGUAUGUGGCGGAAGGCAUACACCAUCCCUUGGCUUGCUCUGGGGAACAUAUUUGUUGGUAUGACGUACAAAGUCGGAGCGCCUAUACCCAUCACUGGUGUACAGUUUGGAAUGCGAGUAGAAUUUGGAUACGACUGUCUAAUACCGGCAGACUUUAAUAACGAUGGUCAUUGUUUCGGUGGCAGUGGAUACGUUGGUGUUGGAGAGCCGCAAUUCUUCUACGCGUCUAUCACGGCGCUCACGCUGGGAAAGAUCAUCAGACUUUUGGGAUUCACAUUUCAACUUCCUCCUCCUGUGGCGGAAUCAGGCUUCCCAGAAGGCGCCGAGGGUUCUUAUGCCACGGCCGAUUUUGAUUUACGUAUUGCUGGUGGUCCGUACAUCUACAAGGGUUUCAUGAUCAAAGGACGAGUUAACAUUCUAGGAUGGGAGAUUUACGCGCAUGUCAAGUUAUCAGAUGUGGCUGUUUUUGUAGACUUGAAACCAGAUCCAGUCGACAUCUUAGGAAUUGCUAAAAUCUCGCGUAGCCCGACGAACACGGAAGAAGGUCCUUGGUUCUAUGUUGACUCCAGACAGACUCCGCCCUUCCUUGAGGCAUACAUCGAAGGGUACACGGAGCUGCUGGGAAUUUCCACUUACUGUCGUUUGAACUUGACAAUGACCCGGAUGGAGUUGCUAAUCCGAGGAAGCUUCCUGGGGCUAAUCACGGCUGAGGUGUUUGUGUCAGCAAGUUACAGCUUAACCUUCGCUGGUGCUUCGUUUUAUGUCAGAGUUACAGUGGACUUGACUGGAAUAAACAACGCUUUGGAUGAAGCAGCGAAAGCGGUCAAAGCAGCUUUUGAUGCAGCAGAGAAAAGCUUGCAAGAUGCGCAAAAAGCUGUUACUGAGAAGAAAGAGGAAUGUAAAAGAAAACUGGAACUCAAGUGCGAUAACUGUAAGAGUCUUAAAUGCAAACAAGCGCAAGACGAUUGUAAAGGGUUCAUGGAUGCAGCUGGCAAAUGGAUCGGCAAAGCUUUAUCUUCGGUUGGAAAAGCCUUUAAGAAAGCGUUUAAGGGCUGGAGAAAGAAGCGAGAGUUGGAGAAGAUGCGAAACGAAGAUUUUGCCAGUCAUGUCCGCCGUCGUCGCUUCGUCAGUAAAAUUAUCUGCGAGGGAGUUGUUGGAGGAGGAUGUAACGCGGUGGCGAGUCUGUGUGAGGGAGCGUGCAACGUGGUGAACCAUAUCACGAAAGGUCUGUGUAGCGUAUUGGAUGUUGCUGUAGCUUUUCUGAAGUUAACUGAGGCUGCCACUAGAUGGGUCGGCAAAGCUAUUAACUUCCUUCUCACGGCCUUUAGAGUUAAAAGUAUCAUAAUCGACUUUGCUUUGUCCACGUACGCAUCCGGAGGAUACCCCGAUAUGAUUUUCACUGCAGCAGUCGACUUGGUCAUUUUUGGAGCGGACCUAUUUCUCGCCGUGAGUUUCAACCUAAGGGACCCAAUUGGAAGCCUGAGGGCGACAUCGGAUAAAUCCACUGAAUGGUACCAGGAUAAAAUGAAUCAAAAAGAUGCAACAGACACUGAGACUAACUACUACGACAAUCCUAAUCCUUAUGUUGACUUUGCAAUGUCAGAGCAAUUCUUGAUAGAGAAUCAGCAAUCCGCCACAGAUGACAGAUAUGGACCCUGUUUGUACGUGGACUCCAAGACAGAUGGUACUCUAAUUAAAGUAACAGGUUGUAAGGAUACUGACGAGAGACAGGUCUGGAGUUACACCGUCAAAGGACAAAUCCAGAGCACGUACUCCAAGCUCUGUAUCGAUACGAACGGAGCCUCUCAGGGCUCGAAGCUGAUACAAAGCAAGUGUGACCAGGCACAAGAUGAUCAAAAUUUCCAGUGCGACUUGGCAGUGAGAUCCAUCAAGAGGAGAAGAGCAAAUCAGUGCUGGACAGUCGGCACGACAAGUGUAAAUGGGCCAGGUUCUUUAGUCCAUUUGGGCUCUCUAAAGUGCAUCCAUCCACAAGGUGGUGGAACUAGUGUAUCUGAAGGAAACAAGUUGGUCAUCUACGCUGGAUGCAGUGAAAGUCGGCUGGAGUUUACGUUGGAUAAUGGAUAUCUGAAACACACCCUGAGUGGAAAAUGUGUGAAGCCAACAGGAGCAGCCACGAAUGGUGUUGCACUUGGUUUGUACUCGACAUGUGAAGGACAUCAGUUUAGUUUCACCACUGGAGGGUCACUGCAACACAUUGCAAGUAAAAAGUGUGUCAACACGAAGUCUGGGGUUAUGCUUCCAGCAAACAACGAUGAAAUUGUACUGAGCGACAAAUGUGAAAACAGCGACACUUCCGUCAUUAAGGAACACUUAAAAUUCAACUUUAUUCCAACCGAUCCAUAUGUCCAUCUGGAAAAAUGCACAUAUUUCGAUCAAGCUCGAGUUGACCAGAGGUUCGAGGUUGUAGAUGAAUCAAUUGUCAGCAUUUGCAGCAAAUACCCCAGAAGUAAGUUACAUAUUCCUGCCACAACAAUACCGCCAUAGUUCCUUAACGCCGCUGUCGCUGGGCUUUAGAGAUAUCAUUCUUUUCAUCUCAUAAAUGUUGCCUUAGAUGUCUUUCUUACCAAAAGCUCAACUCAUCGUGUAGUACGUGACCUAAAAAUUACAAAAAGCAUAUCAAACAUCUGCAGACCAACAGUUCACCUGACUGUGAGAGACAACUCGCUCAGGCUAAUGAUCAUUGCCCAGGGAAGGUAGAACUUCCAUCGUAAAACUUCACCAUGUUUGGCUCUAAUCAUGGAGACAGAAGUUUUUUAAAAAUCACAAUGUUCAAAACCAUACUUAGCGAAUUUCAUCAACGCUAUUCUUGACUAUUGAAAGUUGCAUUCGCGGUUAAGUCUUCCAUUUCGGUGCACAUGAAUAUAUAUCAGUGUUCGAACGCGUUAGCUCCCACAACUUGUAAAUAAUAUAAAAGAAAUGUACACAGUUUCACAAACAUGGUGGAU